UACUAUAAAUGUUGUUACCAUAGCAACUGAAGAAUCACCACAACAGAUUCAUUCAAGUACUUGAUUAUAGAAUGGUUCAAAAACGCUACAUUAUUUACUGUAUUUUCCUAUUGUAUUUUCUCAUGUGGGCAUUGUCGGAUCUAGAAACAUUCGACAUUUCCCUGCUGAGAGUUUUAUUGUGAUUUCUCCUGCCAGUAAGAGAGGGCUGAAGGGACUUUACCGCCAACAUUAGAGAGUAAAACACCCGACGAUCAUCAUAACACGAGUGUGAUUCACAGCUGCUGGACAUCUUCACACUUUCUCCAGAUAAUAUAACAUAAAGCUGCAUAUUUAUUUAUUCAAUGCCUAAAGAACAAGACAUAUUUGGAUAUUUAUACAAAUAAUUGAACUUCAGCCAGAGAGAAAAAAAAUGUUCAGAGCAUUACAUGUUUUAGGGCUUUUUGUUUUCUACUCCUCCUAAAUGGUUCAUAUAUUAGUGAAAGUCAUUUAUUAAGAAAAAGGGGAGGGGGGGGGGGGUUGAUCUACAAACCUCCAUUUGUCAUUUUUGGUACUCUCAAAAACACGAACAAUAGAAUAAUAUGUUAUCUUCUACAAUUUCAAGUUCUCCAUUUUAAAAGAGCACGAGAAAUGUUUUUUUAUUCAAUCUUUUAGUCAUGUUUAAUUCCAUCAUGAUCUCUGUAGUAGUGGGUAAUGGAUGACGUAGUGGUACAUUCCUCACAGAGGCUACUUCCUCUUUCCUUUUCGUCACCGGUUCUGUUAAUUAUCUGGCGCUCCUUUCCUCAUCAAAAUGUACAUUUCCUCAUUCCGACAUUUCUCACGAUCCACACAGGAGGUCAGCGUUGGUGAUGUCGGCUGUGUGUCGCUCCGUCAGUCAGAUCUUAGCUGAGCUCAGUGCUGAUGAGUGUCGGAGGAUCUGCUAUCUGUGCGGCGCUCUGGACACACACUCAGAGCUCACACACUCCUCAGAGCUCAGAGUCUGCACACACUCGCUGCUGUGCCGGAGCGAGCGUGUGUUUCUGCUGGAGCUCCUGCUGAGGGUCAAACGCUACGAUCUGCUCAGAGGAGUGUUGAAGAGCAGCAGGAGCACGGUGGAGACACUGCUGAAGAACCAGCGCACACUGCCGGAAUACAGAGUCCUGAUGUGUGAUGUUAGUGAGGAGAUGGACACGGAGGACCUGAAGUCUCUGAUAUUCCUGCUGAGAGACACGUUACCAAAACACAAACUGCAGAAUGUCCAGAGUUUUCUGGAUAUCGUGGUGGAUCUGGAGAAGCUGGAGCUGAUCUCGGGUCAGAAGCUGGAGUUUCUGGAGCAGAUCCUGAUGUCCAUACGCAGAACUGACCUCGCCAACAAGAUCAGACGCUUCCAGCAGACCUCACAAAUGACCAAACAAGGCUCCGCUGACAGACCUCAGACCUGCGCAAAACCACAGGAGCAGGCGUGCAGUGUUCACAGAGAACCCAGAGGAGUGUGCUUAAUCCUGGACUGCAUCGCCACUGAAGCAGACAGGCUGAUCUGCAGUAAAGCGCAGUAAACCAGCACAACCGUCAGUCUGCAGGAUCUCAGUACUCUCUGAUCCUGAGGAAGAAGCUUUAUUUGGGCUGAUCUUCACCCACAGACUCACCUUUACCAGCAGAUUACCCCGUUUAUAUAUAUAUAUAUACAUACAUACAUACAUGCAUACAAUUGAAGUCAGAAUAUUCGCCCCCCUUUGAUUUGUUUUUUCUUUUUUAAAUAUUUCCCAAAUGAUGUUGAACAGAUUGAGGAAAUGUUCACAGUAUGUCUGAUAAUAUUUGUUCUUCUGGAGAAAGUCUUAUUUGUUUUAUUUCGGGAAAAGAUAAACUACAGUUACAAUAUUAUUAUGAUAAUAUACGAAAGCCACUGUAAGAACAUAAACAAAAACACUUUAAUCAGUAGAUGAUCACGAGUGAGAGUUCAGGGAUAAUUAAACCGCUGUAAAUAUCUUCAGUUUACAGUUACCAUAUCAGGCGUUAAGUGUUAAACUGAAGGCAGCUGAUUGUGAUCACCUGAUCCUUGUGUGUUUUUGUUCUCAUCAUAAUGGUGUCGGUAUCAAUUGUAUCAAUUCUGAUGCUCCCGAGGCUUUGUGUCUGUAGUGUGCAGCGUUGUCCACAUGUGGGCAGUGUUGUGCAGCACUGUCUGUCUGUCAACUGCUGAACUGACUGUCCUUAUUUCAAUUAUUUUUAAUAUUUUAAUUCAAGAUUUGAAGAGUGCUGCUGUUUAUUGUAUUCUCAUUCAAUACGAAUGUAUUGUUUAUUGUUAUUUUGCAAAUGUUUUGUGCAUACAUUACAGUUUACAUCCGUUACCGGAAUAUAAACCCAAUUUAUGAGUUGUGCAAGAAUAAUGUGACUGUAAAUCAGAUUGUAAUAGAGUGCAUAUUUUAAUAUGAUAUUACAGAACAAUUUAAGAGGACAGAAUAUUUAUAUUUCAAUAUUUAUCUCUGAAUAAAUGACAAAUAUGAUCAUCUAU